AUGAUUCUAUAUACUAAGGUUAUAAGAGGACUCAACAGAGUCUGCCAAUUGCAAAGGAAUAUUUUUUAUUCUGAUACAAAAAGGGGAGUAUGCUUUUCACUGAGCAAGAAAUUACCAGAGCUUAAUGCAGUAACAUCUGCAUUAUAUGUGCCUGGGGAAACUGCAACCACUAUAGAUGGUUUUCUUUCUCCCUAUUUGGAUUUUUCUAAACUAUUUGAAAAUCUGAGUGAUUUGGAAUUCAAUAUUACUCAACGUGGAUUAGAUAUAAAUGUCAAACAUAUCAUGAGGCAAUGGACAGAGUGGAAAGAAUUGGAAUGCCAUAGAUUGCAGCUUGAAGAGGAGAGGGAAGUGAUUGCUAAGAAGAUGAACUCUUUGAAAAAGGAUCCAGCCAGUAAUGAAAAGCAGAGAGAACUGAAACAGUGUGGGAAGAAGCUGAGAGAACAAUUAAAGGACCUAACUGUGCAGAUAUGGAAGGUGGAGAUGGUAGUCAUUACCAUCUUACAGCUUCCAAAUUCUCUGCAUCACACCACUGGUUUUAGCAAUAAACAAAUUUUUAGCUUAUUUAAAGCACCCUCUUUUACAUACCAACCAAAAGAUCAUGUUCAGAUAGGAGAGAGAAUGGGAGAGUUGGAAUUUUGUAAUAAUUCACCUUCUGCUUACUAUCUUAAAAAUGGCUUGGCCUUACUUGAACUUGCAUGUAGUGAUUAUUUCUUGUCAAGGUUUAAGGCCCUUGGGUAUCAGCAACAAUCUAAUCCGGAUAUUGUAAAGGCAAUUGUUGUGGAGGGCUGUGGUGCACAUUAUGUUGCGAGGCACAAACUCAAUAAGAUUGCAGAUCAAGAAGCAGAUUUGGAGAGGAAUUCUCUACAUCUCAUAGGAGGUGGGUCUUUAGCAGCAUUUUCAGCUUAUUUUUCAAAACAAAUUAUAGAAAAAUCAGAGUACUUACCUCACAGAUUAGUUACAGUUGGUCGUAAUUAUGUUCCUACAAGCUCUGCAUUUCUGGGUUUGCUUGGCUGCAGGCAGUCUACAGUUGUUGAUGCCUUUGUUGUUCAUGAAUAUAACCCAGUGCAGGAAAUGGAAAUAUUGGAUGAGAUAUUGCUAUCAUUAAUACAGAGUUAUAUAGAACUUCAAGUACAUUUUAAAGUAAUACAGUAUUGUGGCCGACACCUAGAGAGUUACGAGUCGGCUGCAGUAGGAGUGCAGAUGUUUUCUCCGAAUACAAAGGAGUACCACGAAGUUGCACGAAUUUCUGUAUGUGGUGAUUAUAUCAGCAAGAGACUUUGGACUCUCUGUAAAUCCAGUAAUAAGUCAGCAAGUUUUUUAUCCAUGAUUCAUAUCAGAGGUUGUCAUGUUGCACGUUUCUUGGGGCUCUUAAUGGAAAAUCAACAAAAGGAGAAUGGUACAUAUGAUAUUCCUAAUUGUUUACAGUCUAUUAUAAGUAUGUAUUAGUUUCAUUGUUGACAAAAUGUAUACUGUAGUCAGUAUUAACAUCCACACAAGAUACUGUAAUUUAAUUUUUUUCAGUUUAAGAAGCAACUUUUUUAUAUCCCAUAUAAAAAAAAAUUAAAAUUGUCUAAAAUGGCAAUAAUUUUUUAAGUAAUAUCUCUGACAUAAUUAAGGAAUGUUUCUAUAUUUACACUUGGAACAUCAACAUUGCCAAAUAUUAUUAGUUAACACAAUAGAACUUGAAAAAUAUUACUGUACAGUAUUUAGGCGAGGAUAAGCAAAAUGGGGUCUCGUUUAGGAUAACAUGAGUUUGAAUGAAUACUGUGUAUUGCUAAUAUAUUUCAUUGUAUAUGCUGUGUUGGUGUAUUGAAGUUUAAAUAAAAUCUUUGAGAAUAUUUGUUGUUCUUAAGGUGAGCCAGAUAAAUGAUGAAAGAUCUAAACUUUCAAUGCCACAGUGUGUGUGUAUUUUAAAGUAGUAGUUCACUGGAUACAUAUUUACCAAUUAUGAAAAAAUUGGUAUUACCAGCAUUCACUCCAGUUACACAAUAAGUACUGUAUAUAAUAUAUAUAUAUAAUCAUAUGCAAAUCAGAUGUUUCAUGUGUAAACAUUCCUCAUUUGCAAAUGAACCUUGCAGGUUCAAUACAUUGUGUAAAUUAUAAUAGGUAUAAUCAUA